AAAAGAAUUGCACGAGCUGGAACGUAGGUUAGACCACUCUGCGAGUACCGUAGAAUACGAUAAAGUUUUAGUCGAUUUCAAACGUGAUGGAUGUGGAAAAGAUUGCAAUGUUUGCCGGCGUGGGCUUUGCUAUCGCUGUUGGCCUCUUCGUCUUAUGGGGCCCAUCACCUAAACCCAGAAAAAAAGGUCAAGUUGUUGGGAUCAACAAUUUGGGAUAUACCUGUUUCCUAAAUUCUCUUUUGCAAGCACUAGCUGCUUGUCCUACAUUUAUCCUUUGGCUUCAGAAACAACAGGAGAAGGACAGAAGCUUUAAUACAUUGUUCUCCGUUCUCAGGAAAAUCAACGGUUUUGCCGACGAUUUAUAUGGCAACGUGACGCCUAUCGAAAUUAUUUCUUCCAUUGGUUCCUUGUGGAAUUUUGGUCCUGGUCAUCAAGACGCCCACGAAUUGUUCCAUGUGAUUUUAAGUGCAUUAGAUGCUGAAAUACAGCCAAUAAACAGGAAAGGCUGUUUGUCCGACGCACUGCCCCCUAGUCCAACCGUGAAAUGUGACGCGAGAGGAGUGGGCGAUGUGCUCAGAAGCGCGUCCUGCAAUGACAUCGCUUCAGCAAAGAACAAUACCGUUGCUCCAAAGGGUUUUGACAAAAACUGUAACAAUCAGAUGGUAACUUCGACCUCGUCAGUAUCGAGUAUGUCUCCGAGUUCAUGUAGACCCGGCAUGAUUCUCGCUAGAUCCUCGGAGUUGCUCUCGCGAAACGUUCAGAGCAACGGUGACUGCAAGAGCCCCUUUAGAUCAUGGAAAUCCCUGUGCUCCAUGCCGUUCGUCAACAUUCCUUCAGUGGAAACCCAUCUGUUCUCGGGUCUGAUCACCAGCCAGUUUCAGUGCAGUGGUUGUCUGUGGAAGUCUUCAGUGCGCUACGACAAACUCGAGACAUUGUCGUUACCUUUACCACCGCUCACUUCGUUAUUCGUGCCACAACAUUAUACUCUGGAGUGGUUGCUCUCGCGUUUCGUGGACAGCGAGAUCGUAAAUGACGUGCAGUGCGACGGAUGUUCAUUGCGUUGCGCCGCUAUCAAGACUCUUACUCUCGGCAAACUGCCCAAAUGCUUAUGCCUGCAUAUCCCGAGGACCACGUGGAGCUCCUCUGGCGUACUGAUUAAAAGGGAUGAUCAAAUCACAUUCCCCGAAAUUCUGGUGCUAGAUCCAUACACUUAUACGGAGACGAAGAAAAGAAGCGCGCAGGGUGACGUGAAAUCCGUUGAGCGCAACGAGUAUCUCAUGACAAUACAGGGUAAACACAAGUAUCGGCUGUGCGCAGUGAUCGAACAUCGCGGCCCAGUGGAUUCCGGCCACUUCGUUUGCUUUAGACGCGGAAACAGAGUGAAUCAAUGGCUGUAUACAUCCGACAUCGUCGUCGAGAGUGUAUCCUUGACGCAGGUGCUAUUCGCUAGCCCAUACCUGCUCUUCUACGAGCGCAUGAGCGAUAUUAAUCCUAGCUAA